UAAGAAAGAAAGAAAGAAAGAAAAACUCCUAAAGGCGUAAGAGAGGGUUGAGGUGCACAAGACGAUUGAACUUGGAAAUAUUAGUGGUGGAGUGGAUGGUGGGGGUGGUGGAGUGAAUUUGGGUUCAAAGCUCAAGUUGUGAACUGAGAAAGGAGAAGUGGGAAAAUAAAAAUGGCGGGUGUUUCAUUGAUGAGAGGGAUGGUUAAUGAUGGCUGCUUGUCUAUCUUUCAUCACCAGUCGCGGCAGUUAGCGCCAGUAACCGUAAGGGUGUCAAGCAGAAGCAGAUCAACAGCAGCGAGAAAGCUUCAAUUUCUUUCUAAAAGAUCCUCCUUUUAUGCUCGAUACUCUCAGUCCCGAGAUAUUUUCACUUCUCGUGUUCAAGAUCGCAUGGAAAAGUUGCCCAAACUGGUAGAGGAUAUUGUCCAGACAUCCUUAAGCACUGGUCCACGUGGAGCCCUAAGGCUAGCUCAAGGCAUUCAAGCAGUUCUUGGAGUAGGAAGCGAGUGGCUGGCAGAUUUGUCAAAGACAGCAAACUCAUCCACCACAUUACCAACUGAGAUGCAGCUUGGAUUGUUGUCUCCCCUGUAUUUGAGAAGAUUAUUUGAACGAAUGGGUGCAACCUACAUCAAACUUGGUCAAUUCAUUGCUUCUGCACCAACAUUAUUCCCACCGCAAUACGUACAGGAAUUCCAGUACUGUUUUGACAGAGUACCUGCAGUUCCUUUUGCAGAUAUUCAAGCAAUCUUGCGUGAGGAAUUAGGCCAACCAAUCGAUGCGAUCUUUGAGUAUGUUGAUCCUACCCCACUUGCCUCUGCUUCUAUAGCACAGGUCCAUGGUGCAAGGAUAAGAGGCACACAGGAAGAUGUAGUGAUAAAGGUGUUGAAACCUGGAAUUGAAGACACAUUAGUGGCAGACCUAAAUUUUGUUUAUAUUGUAGCGCGCAUCUUGGAGUUUUUGAGUCCUGAACUGAACCGUGCAUCUCUGGUUGCUAUUGUCAAAGAUAUAAGGGAAUCAAUGCUUGAUGAGGUUGACUUUAAGAAAGAGGCUGCAAAUAUUGAGUCUUUUAGACGAUAUUUAGAGGCUAUGGGUCUUACAAGACAGGCUACUGCUCCAAAAGUAUACCCGCAAUACAGUACCAGACGAGUUUUAACAAUGGAGAGGCUUUAUGGAGUCCCUCUUACAGAUUUGGAUUCCAUCAGUGCCCUUGUUCCAAGUCCAGAAGCCAGUCUUAUUACUGCCUUAAAUGUGUGGUUUGGGAGUCUGCUUGCCUGUGAAACCUUUCACGCUGAUGUCCAUGCAGGCAACUUGUGGUUGCUGCGUGAUGGUCGUAUUGGGUUUCUUGACUUUGGAAUUGUUGGGCGCAUAUCUCCAAAGACAUGGGCUGCUAUGGAAAUAUUCUUGCAAUCGUUGGCAACUGAAGAUUACAACUCAAUGGCAUCGGCCUUGAUUGACAUGGAUGCUACAAACAAGGAUGUUGAUUCAAUGGCCUUUGCAAGAGAUCUUGAAAAGAUAUUUUCUUCAAUACAGGAUUUGGAUACAGAAAUUGUUGUUGCAACUGCCAGGGGUCCAAAUACAAGCACAACGGCUGUUGCUGCAAAUGUAAUUGUAGAUGAGAGGCAAAUGAAUGCUCUAUUUCUUGAUUUGGUUCGAGUUAGUGAAUCAUAUGGAUUGAGAUUUCCUCGGGAGUUUGCACUCCUAAUGAAGCAGCUUCUUUACUUCGACCGGUAUACUAGGUUGUUGGCUCCCAAUUUGGACAUGCUUCGGGAUCAGAGGAUCACCAUUGUCCCAAAUCAAAGAAGCAGGCGUAUCUACUAGCGGCCGCUUUCUUGUCACUGAAACUAAAUUGCAGAUAUCAUACAAGAGAAUCAUCGGCUUGUUGUACAAAUAGAACAAAAGAAAUUAUACCUGAUUGCCAUAAAGAAACCUGGCUGAAACAGAAUAUUUUUGGCGGUGUAGAUGCCUCGACCAAUUUCAGUUGAGUUAUUGUAACGAUGCAUGAGACGUGAAAUGCAGAAGGUUGUCCGUGCCCAUAUAAUGUUGCCACUUAUCAGAACACAGUAACUUUAAUUUCCAUAUCCAAACUUUGUGCCAAUUGAUAUUGUGGUCUGUUCCAAA